AUGCUGGAUUGCCCCUCCCAGGUGGCGGACAAUCUUCAGAACUUUCACUGGUGGCAUGAGAGAUAUAUGCCAGGGGAAAUUUUGUACCAUCUUUACAAAUACUGUCCCCAAGCAAGUGUCCACAUUGCUAGCUCGAAAGUUGCACUAUGUGAGAAAAUCAACAAGGAUGAUUCAUCGGCACCUCAACUCUCCUGUAUCCGUUCAAUCGAAUCAGAAUGGUACACCGGAGAUAAGAACCUCAAAAACCUCACACUGGUUAGCACGUCAAAUUGGAGGCCGCUUUCCAGGACGCCGCGUCAUGAUGGCGACAUCUCACCUCAUGUCAAGCGGAGGGAACUUGAAGCCCAAAGGAAUCAGAGGGGUCUCAUUAUGUUGGAAGAAGGGAAUAUUCUUCCUCAAGUCAAAAACAUUCAGUUCCAAAGUAUGAGAUUUGGACCUCUCCAGAGCACGUUAUGGGCCACACAACUACAAUGGCAUACCAUCAAACAUUUAUCCUUGAUCGCCGUCGAUUGGAUUCACUUGUUGCCCAAGAUCACUGCUCCUAGCUGCUUUCAUGCGCUAGAGACUCUAGAGAUAAGCAUUUAUUAUAAAACAGACCGCCCUGAAUCUAUCGAACGGGUGGAGCAAUUCCACGACUUUCUGAAAGAGCUUCCACCUUUGAAAAUGUUUAUCGGGUAUGGAUUUCCACAGAAAACUCUGGGGGUAUUGGCGAAAUAUCACGCCAAAUCCCUUCAUCACCUACGGUUUCGAUCUUCAUUGAGACUCGAUCUUGACGGGGGAAAAUCUCCUGCCAGCAUUCACAAUCUCGUCAAUCUAGCCGAUCAACUCCCGAACUUACUAUCUCUCGGUAUUAAUCUGGACUGGAUGCCCGACGAUGAAAUGCCAUACGAUCUUCUCGUCAACAUUGUUCAACACACUCAUCUCCAACAUUUAGAACUCAACAUACCAGGUCUUGGUUGUUAUCACUCUGAGUGGCCUUACCCCAACCUUAACGAAAUGACUUGUCGGGCCCUUAUCGAGUUCUUUGACGAGACGUCCCUAAACCUUCUCUCAUUACAUUUCGUCAUUGGCGACUGA